AUCCCUAUUUUUUUUAUCAGAAAAAUAUCAGUGAAACUAAGGAUUACCACCUGGACGCAGCAGAAGCCUUUCUGUGAGUGUUUUUGGGUGGCAGGGGGCUGAUGUUAUUUCAGUGAGGCAGCAGGGCAGAUGGGCGGAGUUAAUGGGACCACUAGGGAGAAUGAAAUGUUGUCAGAGGAGGCUGAAACAUUUUGGAGAGUGCGUCAGGAUGGAGGUGUAGCUUUCCCUUGAGUGGCACAUACGUUUCUGAUUGCUGGACUGAUUUUAUGGGCCUAUUGCGACAUCUGAUGAGUUUUAAAAAGCUUCACCCUCAGCCUCACUGGACAAUGAUUUGCUGACAACACACUUAAUAUUUCCUACUUUGACCGAGUGUCACGGGAACCAUGGCAACCACAGCCCUAACCGGGUUCUCCAUGAUGAGCCUGCUCAGCCUCGGGUACCUGACCUGGGACAUGAUGAGUCCUAACCAGGUGGAAAACGAGCCCGACCAAAGUUUUGUGGACAGCUCUCCUGUCCCGCAGCCUCCUCACAUCAUUUUCAUCAUGACGGACGAUCAGGGAUUCAACGACAUCGGCUACCACAGCUCUGACAUCAGGACACCAGCGCUGGAUAAACUGGCUGCGGACGGAGUGAAGCUGGAGAGUUACUACAUCCAGCCCAUCUGCACCCCGUCCCGCAGUCAGCUCAUCACCGGCAGGUACCAAAUUCACACUGGCCUGCAGCACUCCAUCAUCCGUCCCCGCCAGCCCAACUGCCUGCCCUUUGACCAGGUCACCCUCCCCCAGAGACUGCAGGAGCUCGGCUACUCCACCCACAUGGUUGGCAAGUGGCACCUGGGCUUCUACAAGAAAGAGUGCCUGCCCACUCGCCGUGGCUUCGACACAUACUUUGGCUCAUUAACAGGCAGCGUGAACUACUACACCUACGACUCCUGUGACGGGCCCGGCCGGUGUGGCUUCGACCUCCACGAGGGGGAGUCGGUCGCCUGGGGUCAGAGGGGCAAAUACUCCACCCAUCUGUACACACAGAGAGUCCGCAAGAUCCUGGCAACCCACGAUCCUCAGUCCCAGCCGCUGUUCAUCUUCCUCUCCUUCCAAGCUGUUCACACACCCCUGCAGUCCCCACGAGAGUACAUCUACCCGUACCGUGGGCUGGAAAACGUAGCACGCAGGAAAUAUGCUGCUAUGGUCUCAGCUGUAGAUGAGGCCGUACAUAAUAUAACAUACGCUCUCCGCAAGUAUGGCUACUACCAGAACAGUGUCAUCAUCUUCUCUACUGACAACGGUGGCCAGCCUUUAUCUGGUGGCAGUAACUGGCCGCUCAGAGGACGUAAAGGCACCUACUGGGAAGGCGGCAUCCGAGGUCUGGGGUUUGUCCACAGCCCUCUGUUGAGGAAGAAGAAGAGGGUGAGUAAAGCCCUGGUGCACAUCACAGACUGGUACCCCACACUGGUGGGAUUAGCAGGUGGCAAUGACUCCCUGACUGAGGGGGUGGAUGGGUAUGAUGUUUGGGAAGCUAUCAGUGAGGGGAAGGAGUCACCCAGGUUGGAGAUCCUCCACAACAUUGACCCUCUGUAUAACCACGCACGCAGCGGCUCCCUGCAGAAAGGAUAUGGGAUUUGGAAUACAGCUGUUCAGGCUUCCAUACGAGCUGGAGACUGGAAGCUCCUCACAGGAGACCCUGGCUACGGAGACUGGACACCGCCACAAAUGCUUCCAGGUUUCCCCGGCAGCUGGUGGAACCUGGAGCGCCACACUGCACCCCGGAAAUCUGUGUGGCUUUUCAACAUCUCUGGAGACCCCUAUGAACGUUUUGACCUUUCUGAGCAGAGACCAGAUGUUGUCAAACAGCUCCUGGCUAGAUUGGCGUACUAUAAUCGCACUGCGGUGCCAGUAAGGUACCCAUCAGAGGACCUACGGGCUGAUCCCCACCUCAAUGGAGGUGCCUGGGUGCCCUGGGUAGGAGAUGAGGAGGCGGACAGCUGGGACACUGUCUACCAGAAAAAGGACAAGGAUUGGAAGAAGAAGCUGAAACUGUCCAAAAGCAGGUCGUUUUUCAGGAAACUGAACACUAGGAUUAUGUCCAACAGGAUAUAGAAAGUACAUGACUGAAGAAAGUUCAGAGGAGACCCUCCUGAAGGAUGACGAAUAGUUCUGUUUGUUGAUGAAACUCUUAGUUUUUGUGAAACAAGGAUCCAGCUGCAGUUACUGAGUUGUAGCUGCAGGUUUAUGUUCAGUCUCUCCAGAAGAGCUGAUUGAUGGAAAAGAAAAGUCAAAGGAAAGUAUUAAUUGUUAAACUGGUUUGUAUCCAUUAUGAAUAAAACAGGUGUUCUGCUAAUUGAAAAUUCUGCGAUGAAAAAUGAGAGUUGAUUCCAUCUUCCAAGAUGACUGUAUCUGACAUGGACGAAAAGGUGACGAGGAGAAAUCAUCUGCAAGCAUUUGUAACUACUGUAUAAUGAAUAUA